AAAAAAAAAAAAUGAUUUCGGCUACUAAAAGAUUUCUUAAAAAACAUCAGAGAAAAUUUUUUGUCACUUUGGGUAUUACAGGUGGAAUAUAUUUUAUUGGAAAAUGGGUAACGUGGAAAAUAUCUGAAAUGCAAGAAAGAGCUGCUUCGGAACGAACUGCUAGAGAAAACAUGAAGAAAAGAUUUCAUCAAAGACAAAUUGAUUGUACUUACAUAGUAUUAUCACAUAUUCAAGCAUUAAUACAGCAAUUAACGGACGAUUUAGAUGUAGAAUCAAUUUUUGCAAAUUUACAAAAAGCAAAACAAAACAAUAAGGGGAUAAGUAGUGAUGCGACUACAAAUAUGGCGUCAUCAAAUUCAGAGUCACCGAAUACAACAGUUAAUGACAAUGCUACGGCAUCAAUUGGUUCCAUCGGUUCCAUUGGUUCUACGUCAGUUGUUCUUGUUAAUAACGAUAAUAAUGAAUCUACAACAUCAACGCCUUCAUCAUCAGUUGUUUUAGUUGGUCGGUCAAAUGAAAGUGACAAUGAAAUGGCAAAAGUUACAGAAACCACCACGCAUAGUCAAGGAGAAAAUAAUAAUGGAAGUAAUUCUGGUAACAUGAGUCAAGAAACUGAAGUAAAUUCUCCAAUUAGUCCUAUUAAUAAUUCUGAAGAAGCCAGCAAAAUAUCAAAGCAAAAACGAAUUGAAUUAUGGAACGAAAUAAAAUUCAAAAGUUUCACAAGAACCAUUGCAGCUGUGUAUCUUGAAACACUUCUUACGUUAACCAUUUUCAUUCAAUUAAAUCUUUUGGGAAGAUAUAAUUAUCUUUAUUCUGUUUCUCUUACAGAACGUGAUAGAGAACAAUCGAUUACAGUUCAUAAUGGAUCACUAUUGAGUCCUGUAACAGAGAAAAAAUAUUUGGCUUUUAUUGCAUGGUUUUUGAAUGUGGGAUAUAAAGAGAUUGUUACAAGAGUUAGUGCAGCUGUUGAAUCUUCUUUAUCAAGCAUGUCACUCAAAACCGAACUUUCAUAUGAAGAAUAUGCAUGGCUUAUAUCUGAAAUUAGAUCAAAGAUUGAAGGAAAUGAUAAUGAUGGUCCUGCUCAUAAAUUUUUUAAUGUAAUGAUGCCUGAAAAUUUAUCAGAUGAAAUACGAAUAUUGGAUGAAUGUGGGAUAGAUAAUUUAGAUUCUACUAUUGAUUCAAGUUUGAGAAAGUUAUUGGACGAAACUAAAGAUUUUAUACAUAGUCGGGAUUUAGCUACAGUUCUUUCGGCGUGUCUUAAAUCAGCUUUUGAUUUACUAAAUCAGGACAUGUCUUCAAAUUUUAGUUCUGAAGAUGCAAUAAGUGGAGAAAAAGUUGAAAAGAAUAUAACACUUGCAAAAUUGUUACCAUCCAUUACUAAAGAAGCUCACGCUGUCCUUAAUUGUGCACCAGCAAGAUUUCUUGAGGCGAUUAAAGAAUGUAAAGAAUUGCAAGCACUCUCUGCAAUUAUUUACGCCUCAUUCGACAAUGAAUCGGAAAUAAAUUUACAAAAUUAAGUAAAUAGAUAUUUAAUUAUUUAUAAUACAUGUAUAAUAUUGACAAUUAUAGUCGUAUGUAAUAGAAGUUUUUCAAAUAUACAUAAUGUUUAUUUGUUAAUAAAAU